AUGGCCCUGACAAUGCUGAAUGAGCUCUUCAUUGAGGACCCACGCCCACCUAUGCUGCUGUACCAGGUUAGCAAGACUGCCAAGUUAGACACCCUCAACUAUCAGAGCUACUUCAUGCAGGACAUCUUUGCCCAUUUCCCCGAUAUCUUAUUUAUCCACCGGACCUAUAACCCAGUGGGCAAGGUGUUAUAUGCCUUCCUGGUGGAUGGCCCUCAGGUGCAGCUGGAGGGUCAUUUUGCCCGGAUAGUUUACUUUGCCAUUCCUGCCACGGAGGAUGCUGAAGGCCUGACCCAGAUGUUCCAGACAUUCAAGAAGUUUAACCCAGCCUGGGAGAAAGUCUGUACUAUCCUGGUAGAUCCCUUCCUCCUCCCUAUGCCCACCCUAGCUAUGGAGUUCCCCGCAGCUGAGGUCCUACCCUCAGCCUUCCAUAUCUGUAAGUUCUUCCAGGGCAAGUUCUACCAGCUUUCCCUCGAACAGCCUGUGAAGCAGGUGCUCCUGACCGCCCUGCAGAGCACAAUGUGCUCAGCCACUGCUGGCAACCUGAGGAAGUUCUGUGCACUCCUGAGCAACUUCGUCCCCCCAGAGCAGCUGACCAAGCUACACUUAUGCUGGCUGCUCAAUGACCGCAUCUGGCUGGCCCACCGUUGGAGAAGCCAAGCCGAGAGCAGCCACUACUUCCAGGGCCUGGAGGUCACCAUCCGCAUCCUCAGCCAGUUCUUUGGCACCACCCCAUCUGUGGAACAAGGCAUAACCUCCUUGCUCCGGUUCGUGCAGCAGAACUCUGGAGACAAGGCCAUCUUCAGCCUGGGCCUGAGUCCCCGGAGCAGUUGUGCCCCCUCGGACAUCAGCCCCCAAAGCCCCAAAGUGGAACAGUUGGCAGAAGCCUGCAUCCAGCACUCCCUCCACACCAUCUGCACAGAGCCAGCAGCCCAGCUCUGCCUGGGUGAGCUUGCCGUGGUCCAGAAAUCUAUGCAACUCAUUGGCUCUGGCUCUGAAAAAGUGAACAUACAAAUCCUGGAAGAUACCCAUCGAGUGCAGCCCCAGCCUCCUCCCAGCUGCAACUGCUCCUUUAACCAGGCCUUCCACCUGCCCUGCCGCCACAUCCUGGCCAUGCUCAGUGCCCGGCGCCAGGUGCUCCAGCCCAAUAUGCUGCCACCUCAGUGGACAGCAGACUCUGCUGCUAGUCUGGAUGACAUCUUGGGCAGCAAGUGGAGUGAGGCCCUGGAUAAGCACUUGGCUGUGGCUCUCCUCACUGAGCAGGUGGGCCAGCUCUUACAGCACUGCACCCAGGAGGUGUUCGAACAGCGGUACAGCACCCUACGGAAACUGGCCGACAUCUGGAUCGGCCCUUAUGAGCAGGUCCAGCUGUGA